AUGGAGACCUCCGCCCUCUCCCAGCGAGCCCGCACAGUCGUCUCCUCCCGCAAUAACCUCAUGUGGGACAUCCUAAAGAACCCAUGGUGUCCCACAACCAAACCCGAGGGCUACGUGAACGUGGGGGUUGCCGAAAACGCACUGAUGCAUGACUACCUCCUCGAAUACAUCAACACCAAGCUCACCCUCCCAGCCAAAUACCUCACCUACAAUGACGGCGCAAUUGGUGCAGAGCGCCUCCGACGCGCCAUGGCAUCAUUCCUGAACAAACACCUCCAACCAUUCAAACCACUGACCAUCAACGACCUACUCGUCACAAAUGGCGUCUCCUCCGCCAUCGAGCACAUCUCAUGGGCCUUCACCGACCCUGGCGAAGGCAUCCUCCUGGGCAGACCCUACUAUGGCACCUUCAUCCCAGAUAUGUCCCUCCGCCCCGGGGCGACAGUUGUCCCUGUAGAAUUCAACGACAGCGAUCCAUUCAGUCUCGAGGCCGUGGACUGCUACGAGCGCGCACUGCUCACGUUUCAGCAAGACACUGGCCGGAAAGUCCGCGCCUUGAUGCUCUGUCAUCCACAUAACCCGUUGGGCCGGUGCUACCCCCGGGAAACUAUCAUCCGUCUGAUGCAGCUGUGUCAGAAAUAUCAGAUCCAUCUGAUAAGCGACGAGAUAUACGCUUUGUCUGUGUGGGAGAACACCGUUGACAAGCACACUCCCGUGCCAUUCGAAUCUGCCUUAUCGAUCGACACGACCGGCAUCAUUGACCCUAGUUUACUCCAUGCGCUGUGGGGAAUGAGCAAGGACUUUGGCGCCAAUGGUAUCCGUCUCGGAGUGAUUAUCUCUCAGAACAACCCUACCCUUCAUAAGGCGUUGCAGGGUGUUUCGUUAUAUAGUUAUUCCUCGUCUGUCUCGGAACAUGUCGCUGCUACGGUUCUUGAAGAUACGGACUUUACUACCAGGUAUAUCCAGCUUAAUCGGCAGAAGAUGUCCGAGUCGUAUGCGUUUGCUGUUCAACGGCUAAGGGAGAAUGGGAUUGAAUAUGCUCCGGGUGUCAAUUCUGCGUUCUUCCUUUGGGUUAACUUGGGCAAGCGGUAUCGCGAACUACAUCCCGAGCAGACUGCAGAUUUGGGUGACGAGAUCAGCGACAAGGUGAUGCAGCUUCUCUUGCAGAGGAAGGUGUUUCUGGCUAGUGGGGUGUUGUUUGGGUCUGAGCAUAGUGGGUGGUUCCGGAUUGUGUUCACGCAUCCGAGAGAGUAUCUGGAGGAGGCGUUGCGGAGGAUAGUGGUGGCGUUGAAUGAUUUGUGA